UUUUGUCUCUUGCCAGGUAUAAAUGAAGCAGGUUCAGACAGGCAGUCAUCAGUUCAAGCACAGUUCUCUGAAGAGAUUUGGCAGACCGUCACCAUGGGCAAGAUCAUCCUGUACGAGGAGAAGAACUUCCAGGGCCGCUCUUACGAGUGCAUGAGCGACUGUGCCGACAUGUCGUCCUACCUGAGCCGGUGCCAGUCCUGCCGGGUGGAGAGCGGCUGCUUCAUGGUCUACGAGCGCCCCAACUUCAUGGGCAACCAGUUCUUCAUGAGGAGGGGCGAGUACUCCGACUCCAUGAGCAUGAUGGGCAUCAGCAGCGGCAUCAAGUCCUGCCGCAUGAUCCCCAUGCACAGAGGCCAGUUCAGGAUGAAGAUCUUUGAGCGGGAGAACAUGAGCGGCCAGAUGAACGAGCUGAUGGACGACUGUGAGAACAUCAUGGAACGCUUCGGCAUGAACGACUGCAUGUCCUGCCAGGUGUUGGAGGGCCAUUGGCUGAUGUUCGAGCAGCCCAACUUCCGCGGCAGGAUGCUGCACGUGAGGCCCGGCGAGCACCGCAGCUUCAGGGAGAUGGUCAUGAGCAGCAUGAGUUUCAUGAGCAUGAGACGCAUCACCGAUUCCUGCUGAUUGUUCAUUGCCGUCGCCCCAAUAAAUGCUACGACUU